AUGCCACGCUCAUUUUUGGUGAAGCAGCCGAAGAUUCACGAUUUUUCAUCUUCCAACUACUACCAUCAACACCAGCACCACUGGGACAACUCUUACACUGUGACACAUGCCAUCACUGAGUCAGCCAACAACUUGGCGGUGUGUUUGAGUGAAAAUGGCUACAUCCAUGAUUACAUCAUCCCCUCAGUUUUGCACAGCACAAAGGAGCCAGGCUGUGAGCAGACUGAGCUCUCCUCAGGGCCCAUGUACUCCCCAGGUGGCAGCAGUGGGGAAGAGUUCUCUGACCACGACAUGGAAAAUCCAGACAGCCCUGUCUCCACCACCACAUUCGAAUCAGACAGUAGCGGCCCUGAGAUGGAGGCGUGCACCAUCAAUGACUUCCUCAUUUCUGACGGCCGCUCUCGGCAAAGACCCAACCAGCGAUGUCCACAUAAAAGAGGCAGUCAAUCAGACACCGGCAAAGGUGUUGGCUUGGCAGACUGCAGCCCUGCCAAAGGGAAAACCAAAGGGCGCCACAUGUGCUGUGACUGUGGCAAGUCUUAUGCCACAUCCUCAAAUCUGAGCAGACACAAGCAGACUCAUCGCAGCCUGGACAGCCAACAGGCCAGGAAGUGCCCCACCUGCCACAAGGUGUAUGUGUCCAUGCCAGCGCUGGCCAUGCACAUGCUGACCCAUGACCUUAAGCACGAGUGCACGGUGUGCAACAAAGCCUUCAGUCGGCCCUGGCUCCUGCAGGGCCACAUGAGGUCCCACACUGGAGAGAAGCCAUUUGCCUGUGCCCACUGCAGCAAAGCCUUUGCCGAUCGCUCCAACCUGCGUGCCCACAUGCAGACACAUUCGGCCUUCAAGCACUACUCCUGCAAACGCUGCUAUAAAAGCUUUGCACUCAAGUCCUACCUGAACAAACACUACGAAUCAGCCUGCUUCAAAGGGUAUCAAGCAGAGGAUGACUGCAGUUCUGAAGACUGA